GAGGGGCUGGGUUUGGGCUGGGACUUGUCUGUGCUGAUAGCUGUGGCAUUAAGCACCUGAUAGAAUCUUGCUGCUUUCUCACAUCUUCAGUGUAGCCUCCUGAGUCUGAGCACAAUGGAACUCCCUGGAAUGCCAAUUGCUUCUUCCCUUGGAAUUGUUUUUCUUUCCCUGUGCUAAGAGGUGCUAAUGGAAGCAAUGGAACAUGAUUAGUGGUCAGAUGGGGCCGAUAAGUGGAGCGUGGGUGUGAGUGUUUUAAGAAAUGUGACUUUCCACAGCAGCAGCUCAGCAAAUGUGUUUGUUAACCCUGUGCAGUGUUCAGCUGUGUGACUGUUUCCAGUCGUGGGGUAGAGCUGUGCCCUUCUGCACUCUGGGAUGAGUUCUUACAGUCAUUUCGAGUAAUCACAGAUGGUCUCCUGUCUGUUUUGUGUGUCUCAAAUCGAUAUGAUUUGGUCCAUCUGUUAUCUGCUGACUGAGGCACUCCUGUCAUCAUGAGUUCUGAAUUAAAUGUUCCAGUGGAUCCUUCCACUCCUGCUUGUUGCUCAGAACCUGGCACAAAAGGCAUGGAUUAUCGGGACUGGGUCCGGCGCAGCUACCUGGAACUGGUCACAUCAAAUCACCACUCCGUUCAGGCCCUUUCAUGGAGAAAACUCUACCUUAGCCGAGCCAAACUCAAAGCUUCCAGCAGAACCUCUGCUCUCCUCUCCGGAUUUGCCAUGGUUGCCAUGGUGGAGGUGCAGCUGGAAAUGCAGUACAAGUACCCCCAGAUGCUGCUGAUCGCGUUCAGUGCCUGCACGACGGUGCUGGUGGCAGUUCACCUCUUUGCCCUGCUCAUCAGCACCUGCAUCCUGCCCAAUGUGGAAGCGGUGAGCAACAUCCACAACCUGAACUCCAUCAGCGAGUCCCCCCACGAGCGCAUGCACCCCUACAUAGAGCUGGCGUGGGGCUUCUCCACCGUCCUGGGAAUCCUCCUUUUCCUCGCGGAGGUCGUGCUGUUGUGCUGGAUCAAAUUUCUGCCCGUGGACUCCAUCAUGAAGAACGACACCACGACCAUCCAGAAGCCCAGCGGCCACGCGGGUUGGCAGGCAGCCCUGGUCUCCACCAUCAUCAUGGUCCCCGUGGGGCUGAUUUUUGUCGUCUUCACCAUUCACUUCUACCGGUCUCUGGUGCGGCACAAAACGGAGCGCCACAACCGGGAGAUCGAAGAGCUCCACAAACUCAAAGUGCAGUUAGACGGGCAUGACCGGAGCAUGCAGGUAGUGUGACGGAGAGGCAGGGAGCUGCAUCCACCUAGCUGAGGCUGAGAGCAAAAUACCUGUCUUGCUGGUUGGCGAGACAUACCAAUGAUGGACUGUUUUGAGGCUUAACUAUCUAAAUGCUAAUUGCCAUAUGUAGCUGUGGGUUCUAGUGCCGUUUCAAAUGCUGUGGUCUCUGGCCUGUUUCUGGUCCUACACACUUGUGUGUUUAAAUAGACACUGCCAUGGAGUUAAAGGCCAAAACUUGAUCUACCUUCACAUUGGUCCAGCUAGCCAAAUAACUGCAUUUUUUACAAAUGCAGCAUUCUCUUGUCAAGUGUAGAACUGCAGCUGGGUGUGUGUAGGACCUGUCUUAGGUGUGAGACCUCCCUGGCUGUUAGUGCAGCAGCACUGAACUGGCUGCUUGUUUCUAGAGCUGAGCUGGUUAGGGAUGGUAUCUGCAGUCAACUUGAGGACAUCCAAGAAAGCACAAUAGAAACUGUGAGUGUUCACCACCUUUGUUCCAUAACAGGUGUUCCAGAAAUAGGAAACCAGAGAGAAAUCAGCCUUAGCUUUUAUUUUAUUGCUAUUUCUUGCUAUAUUUUUUUUUUACAGCUGGGGAGGUAGAGUUUCAGAUACGGGAGGCUGGGAAGUUCUGUCUUGCUUGCCUCAACAGCAUCUGUCACCAUAGAUUGAAUGAAUGCCAAGAUCCUGUGAUCUUUCCAAUAGAAGGCAGGAGCCCAGGGAAGGCUUGCAGGUGUUUUAAUUUUAACAAGGACAUUCUUAAACCAGAACAGUGGCAAGGAAUUUAAUGAGACAUCAAACUUUGAAGGACUAGAAAAGCAAGUUUCAAGGAGGUAAGGAGUAAAAGAGUAGAGCGUAGUGUGGAAAUCUGUUUCUGUGUCUUCCUCAUCCAUGUACUGUCGCCACGUCUCUUGCUAGUCUGGUUUGCUGGAGAGGACAAGCCCCAGCUCUGGGUAUUUCAUCAGUUUGAUUGUCAGUUGUAGCAUUAGCCUGCAGAAAAACGAACAUUUCCUUCUUCCUCACCAAAGCAAACAACUCGGAAACUUUUAGUUGGAAUGAUGAGCGUGCUGGAGCUGGAUCCCUGUGGGAAUGCUGUAUGCCAUCAAAGAGCUAUCGUGUUACCUUUGAGCUGGCUUUGUUUCAGCAGCCGGGAAUGACCCUUGCAUGGCCGUAUUGCUUCGCAAGGAGACUUUGUAAAUUCUGUCAGCGCCCUUUUCACCGAAAACCUCUUUAAAAAGUGAUCUUAUGAUUUGUUGUAACUUUAUGGAGGGAAAAGUAUUUUGCAGCCAACAGCUAUUUUAAGGAAAGAUAGGGCUUUUUUCUGACACAUUGCAAUGAAAGAAGCCUAAGUACAUUUUCCUGGCCCUGUUCUGCACUCGACCAUCGCAGGUUUACAUUCUCUCAUGCCUUACAGGUUUCUAUAUUCAUUGAGGAUGUUUAUAAUGUUCUGUUUAACCCUGGUCCUUUGGUCUACUGAGACGUAAGAAAUCUAAUGUCACUAUAUUACAUGUCAGCUUCCCAGAGUGGAGGGAACAUGUAAAUCCCAGUGCAACGGGAGCAACUCCCCAUAUUUCUCUAUGAGGAGGGCCUUGGGAACCCAACUCUAAUCUCGCUUGUUUACAUGGGACUUCGAUCCUUGCCGAACAAAUUGCUUAGCG